AUGACUAUGUCGGAUGAUAAAGUGAAACAGGCAGCUGCCUUCUUGGCAGGUUUUACUUCCUCCCAGUUGUUCAUUCUCAUGGUUUCUUCUGGGAGCUAUUGUGUGGACAGAUUUAUGCUCCCUAGAAGUUACGUGGGAUUGUAUAUUAACAGGACUAUCAUUGCCUUCAGGCUGUCUACAUUUCUUGGAUCGCUUUUGUUGAACUUGAUCCUUCUACCCUGGCCAAGUGCUAAAACAGCCUUAGGUGGAAUAUCCACAGCGUCAAGCUGGCUUUAUUGUCUAUCUUUCAUAGCUCUACUAAUAAUAUAUUACAAUGGAGGAAAAAGGGGACACAUCAUGUAUUACUAUUGCGCAAUUAUUUUCUCAUCGGUUAUAUACGGUGCAAAUAAUGUCUGCCUUCCGGCAGUAAUAGGGAAGGACAUGCCUUUUUACAUAGGUUCUAUGCAGCUGGCCGCAAUCAUGGUUUCUGCUUACCAAUUUUUAUUCACAAAGAUUGCAAAAGCAUGGAUGGUUACAAACAUUCCCUACAAGUUAAUUGUCGGACAAUUAUCACUUGCAGUGUUUGUAUCUGGAAUAUCUGCAAUACUUUGGUCUGUUGCAUAUGCGAGUAAAACAAUUCAAGCAAGUGAGACUAAGUUUGAGGGAAUGGACAAAGCCUUAUCUCCAAUUAUGUUGACAACUUUGGGAUUCGGAAUGCAAAAUCUCUUUUACCCUGCUAUCGCCCCUUACAAAUUUAUUGGAAUGGGUCUUGGUUCUAAGAUCACGAUGGCCGUCUUAUUCACGAGUACAAUACCAGGCAUGACUAUCUUUGUCAUGUCUCAGUUUCAGAAAGGUCCAAACACUAAGUGGGAUGAUACUAAAUGGCAUUUUGCGUGGAUCUUUUAUGUCUUGGAAGUAUUACUUGGGGUUUUGUUUCUUCUAUCUCUGCAUUAUCCAGGAUCAAAAAUUGCUCAAUGCAUGAAUAACGUUCGGGUUCUUGCCAUAUUGACUAUAUCGUACGAUUUGUGUGUUCAGACGACUAGGGCUUCUGGGAUGGGUGGAGCUGCUAUGCAAAAAGAUGGCCAAAAGAGCAAUCCAACUAUGGCCACUGUCAAUGCCUUUGGAUUUUCCCUGGCAAUGAUUAUGUUUGCUUUCAUGGGAAAUGGCUAUCUCACAACGUAUAGACAGGCUGAGAGGGAUAGGGACAACUGGCCUACCAAGCACUUUACCACAAAAAAGGCAUUCUGGUACUGGUACUCGAGUUCAGCAAAAGGCGCCUAUAGAACCUGUAUGACGUCUUAUACAAGGGAUAUCAGAAGCACUAUUCUCGGAAAGAAGGAACAUCUCUUUAUUGUCUAUGAAGAUACUCCACCUGAGGACGAUGAUCCUUUCUUUGAUCUACCAUUUAUUAAAAAGAAAGAGGAGAUUGAAUGCAUACCAUACCCGUUUAUGCCUCCUUACUAA